GGGACCUGAGUUGUAAUUACAGUAGUGUCACUUAGUUUUCUGUGAAGUUUAACGACCAUGUUUAGCAACUCGUGCGCGCACACGUGGGCGCUCGCUCGCCACAGUUUGUCUUCAGUUAAACCAAGAACACACUCUUUCCGCUUUUCCAAUGGCGGCGUCAGCAAUGCAGACAACCUGGAUUUCAGCAUGUACAAGAACACAGACGAGAAGAACCCGAGGAAGAAGAGCAGGAGGAUAAUGGUUGCUGAGUCAGACAGGUUGAGUUAUGUUGGACAGAAUUUUGGAGCGGGAUCACUGAAAUGCAACAGCCUCUGCAAAUAUUAUGUCGGAGUGCUGAACAACCAGACCAUGCAAAUGGAGGUGCACAAUGCUGUGCUGUUCAACAUGUUGCCUGUUAUUCCAGGGGAGACAUCAACUGCCACACCACAGAAUACUACUCAAUCCUACAGAGACAAGGUUGACUUGUUGAUUGAGGCAUUUGGCACGAACAAACAGAAACGAGCCCUGGCCUCCCGCAGGCUGAACCAGGUGGGCAGUAACGCCCUGCAGAACGCAGUGGCUAAAGCUGCCACCUCUGUGAUCGACAAGAAGGGUCUGGCAGCUCUCCAACAGGAAGUGGCAGAGACAGAGUCCCAGGAGGCCCUAGCAUCCCACGUGCCUCCAUGCAAUCCAAAUGCAGACAAACGAGAGGAUGUCUACCCAUUUGAUGAGCUCCUGAGUCCAGUGGAACUUGCUGCUUUGGAGGAACCUGGAUCCAAGAUGGCAGCGCUCACCCUAGCGGAGCUGCAGAAGAUGAGAGAUGAAGGAGGGUCCUUGAGUGUUGUGAAGCAUUUAGAAAACAUGGCAACUGCGGGCGAAGCCAGAGAGAGAACAGCCUGCUGCGCCUUUUACCUCUCUCUGCUCCUCAAGCUGGCGAGGCAGAAGAACUUUCAACGCAAGUUUGGACAUGACCAAGGCUGCCCUCGCAUCAUUCAGAACAAGCUGUUUAAAACGUUCACCGUGGAGACUUUCAACAAUGGGAGGGUGCAGAACAUAGUUUCAACAUCAAUGCGAACCAAGUUAGCUGCAUACAGCCUGGCUCUGCUGCUGCACAUGGGUCACAUGACUGCCGACCUCUCGUUACUGCAUCGUGAUCUAGGAAUCACCGAAGCCAAGGUGAUCGAGGUUGCAAAGUCAAUGGGGCUGUGUUUGAUCAAACCAGCGAGGGCCAAGGUGGACAAAGCUUCACUGAGAGAUGACCACCGACAGGCCACCGUUGUCCUACCACUGGUCAAGUAUGAUCAGUUCAUUGAGCGACGGAAACGCAAGAAAAUGCAUUGAGGACUGGCACUAGAUGGAGAGACGACAGGAAAUGGAAACAUCACCAACAAGAGCUGUUUAUUUUGUUUUGUAGACAAAUAAAAGUGGGUAGCUUCGA